UUCGAAUUACCAACACAAAAUAAGGGAAAAAAAACAAGGGAUUCGCAUUCGGAUGCGGGUCUUAAAAGUGCGACCCAAACUUUUAACAGUUCCCUCAAGCUCAAGCUCGAGAGAGGGAGAUGAUACUGAACUGUGGUGCCUUAGCCACCAUAUUUGUCCCACGGAGGCCUCCAAUGAGCACGGCGUGCUUGGCUUCCAACCUCAAUUCAGAGCAGCUACGUGCCCAACUCAAUAAACUCCACUCAGAGGCGGAGAACACCAGAGCCAAAGCAAAUAAUGCAAGAUUGAGGCUGAUGCGGUUGUCUGAAGCAGCAGAGAAGCUUCGACAGCAGGCUGCUGUUAGUGUUCAAAAUGGAAGGGAAAGUAAUGCAAGGGAGCUACUUUUCCAAAAAAAGAAGGUUAUGCAAGCUUUGGAGAAAUCAAAGAGUCGCAUUGAAUUGCUUGAUGAGCUUUCAGUUAAGCUUAAUGAGGCCAUAUCUUUGAAGGAAACUCAGUUAGUAGGUAAUGUUGCUUUAGAUCUUGAGGAAGGCAGAGAAGAUGCUUCUAGUCCAGUUCGGAUUGUGCCUCCGAAGGAGGAAGUUACAGGAAAAUCAAAUGAAAAUGAAGACUUACAUCUGAAUGCCCUCAAACUUCAUGGGAAUGAAGUAUCACAAGUUCAUGAAGGCAGUCAAGAAGACAUACCUAUUGGUAAUGAGCCAGCUAAUUUUCAAGAUUCUUUGACUAGGGGAACUUGGAAUGAAAAUAAUAUGCUCCAAAGCUUGAAUGGAGUAUCCUCUUAUGAGGACUUCCUGGAACAUCUAGAUCAACAGCUCUACAAAAUUGAAGGAGAGCUUCUUGCAGUUUUAAGGAUAUCAACCUUGGUGAUGGAAGGUGAGGAGAAGCCAAAAAAUUCGAAGGUGCAGCAAACAGUAGAAAUCCUUGAGGGCGUUCGUCAGAUUCGAGUGAGAAUUGCUAGCAUCAUGGAGACAAGAGUGGGGAUUAUAUAAACCUUCGUUCUGAUGUAUUCAGUCUCCCUCUGGCAGGGUGUCUAUUUUUGCUGCUGUAUGUAUCAAUGCCACAAACUUCUUCAAGCUUGUAGCAGUUCUGCAGUCUUUACAGUGUUCUAAAGAAGAAGAUUUUACCAAGCUAAAGUUGGUAUUAUUACGUAUCAUACAAAAGUGUUAUCCCUGUCCCCAUCUUGUCACAGUUUCUUUCAGCUUGCUUAUUUAUUUAUUUUGUAUAUGUCUGUUUUAGAGUCCGUCUCUUUUUACUAUCAUUGGAGGAUUCUGAGGAUGUUUUUGUUUGUCCAAUAAGAACAUUACCUAGUGUACAUUGUUUGUCAAUGACUGUAUAUUUUCAGUUAGUAUUCCCUUUUUCCCUUACUUGUUAAUAAUACAUAAAUAAGAUAUUUUGGAAGUUUUCUAGAUGGAGAUCUGUCUCAGCCUUCUUAAAUACGUUUUCUCCUUUCCAUGAACUCUGCCCAUUUCCCUGAUUUGUGAUUUUCACUUGUGCUGAAGCGUUAAUCAGCAUCCUCAUUUGAAUUCAACUAUUUCCUUCACUUCUCUUUAUUUGAUUAAUCAAGCACAAUCAAUUAUCUUUGAGUUUAUACUCAUUAUCCUAAGAAUUUAUAGCAACUGUAAUAAUUGUUUCGGUCAUCUGUGGCAUCAUUAGUUAUCUUUGUUUAUUUAUUUUUUUCCUAUUUUUGUGUUGUUUUGAUAAAAAAAUUUCUUCUGUAAGUUUCAUUUUAUUUGUCAAGACAGACAUCCAUAAUCCAUUUCUUGUAACUCGCUCACCUCUUUGUGGUGUAUUAUACCCUCUUGUAGCACCUUCCAUAAGUAAUUCUCUGAUUUUUAUGUAUAUCAUUCUUUAAUUGUUCCACAUGCAUCUACAGAUAGAUGUAACUCCAUAAUUGUUUUGUAUCCAAAAACAUGUGCAUAAAAAGCCACAUUUCAUAAACUUAGAAAAUUGCGACACUUUGUUGCCCCUUGUCCACAAAAGAAAUUAAAAUCUCGUGUCUUUCUUCCCAAAUUGCUUUAAAUGUCUAGGCUCUGAGCAAUUAUAUUUUGCAUUUUGUACCCCAAAGCGUUUAAAUAUGUGUACGUGUGCAUGUGCAUGUGCAUAUCUUUACAUUUCUUCUGUGAUAAAAAGUGACCAGCCCCUAAUUUUUUAUCAUUGGCACGUCUAGAUUAUUGUAUAUGUUUUAGAUGAAUUGGAAGCAAUUAUAAAUGCAGAGGGAUAGAACAAAAAGCUAAACUAUGCAAGGGUACUAAGUAGGAAUCUCUAUGUUGACUUGUAAGUAAUAAAUAUAUGUGAUAAAACAUAUGUUUAGAUGCCAUGUGUAAGGUAAUAUCAUACACACCUGAUGA